AUGACAACCUUCUCACUGGUGGCACUUCCGAUUGUCGCCCUUAUUCUUAUCGUACGACACUAUCACGACAUUCGAAAUUGGAUCGCAAAGACGACCAAGAAGAUCGACCGUUGCCGCAAUGGAGCUCCUGUCCAAACUCCUGUCGAUGUCCAGCGGAUGGCGCCGUAUCCAGCACAACCGAUCAAAGGCCGGGAGCGGUACCGAGUCAUGAUGGACAUUCGCAAGCUGGACACGCAUAACUGGUUGACACUCGACAAGCAUUACUUGGAGGAACAUUCGGUACGGAAUGACUUGCUUCGCGACAAACGGGACGAGGUUCUCCAAUGCCUCCCCGAAUCGGCAGAGGCCUGUCACGAGGCAUUGCAGGAAGUCUCGGAAUUCCUGUGCGAACGAUAUCCACACAUGUUCGAGAAAGUGAUCCGGGAUGACACCCAAUCAAUACACAAUCGUAUGACGGGAGAGCGAUUUGCCAUUCGGGGCUCGGCUUGCAGUGGGGAAGGAAUUGAUGCGCUUGAGGCGGCUGUCCGACUCACCAUGGAGGAUCUCAGCAUUUUGAUGAUGAAUGAAGAUGGCGAAUACUAUCUGGCCGCCAGCGCCAGUCUUUUUCCCACCGGAUGGACCCCCAAGAACGAAUCGGAUGGACAAUUUCUCGCCUGCAUGGACCUGUCCCUCUGUGGCACCAACAGGUUGCCAAUUCCAUUUCUCGCCCGCCUAACCCCGAACUCCCCAAUGGAGCGAUCAAACUAUUUUGUUGAAAUUAAACGGCCCGAUGAAAACCUCAUUGAGAUUCUGUAUCGGCCACAGGGACUCUGUGAGAAGCACACGCGGGAUCCGUCCCCCUCGGAGAUCCUCAUCCGCAGAGAGAGACAGACCUUCCGCCGUCUACCGCAGUCUGGUACGAUCUUGUUCGGUGUCAAAACCUACUUGACGACGCUGGAUCAGCUCCCCAUGCAAGAGCUGGAGAAUCUCGUGCGAGAAAUGAAAACUUGGCCUGAUUAUGUGGGCGAAUAUAAAGGGAAAGAUGUCUGGGGGACUAAAGUAUUGGAAUAUUACAAGACUCGCACUCUUGCGGCUCAGAUGAAAGACAACUUGGAAGUAUGA